GUCACAUCGGAACUGGUGGUGAACACGCGCGUGCUGAAGAGAUCAACACUGUUCAGGUUCAGAUAUGCACCGAGCAGAACAUCUAAGCAGACCUUCCAAAAUACCAGCUUUUCUCUGGACCAAAGGGACAUGAGAGCAAAGCAACAGAAGAUUUGGACGAGCAAACAGAACAGAAGUGGACAAUGGAAAACUGUAAGCAAUUAGAAGAUGAACAAACCAUAGUGGACAUGAAAACCAAAAUGGAGAUUAUUGAAAGACAAAGACAAUUGACUUGGGAAGUAAUGGGGAAGAUUGAACAACUUUGGGAAGAGGCACAAAGAGAAAGAAAUGAAACAGACUACCUGGAGAAAAAAUCAGAGCAGCAACAGGAGGACAUCGUCAGACUGAGAACUGAAAAUCAAAAGCAGCAUAUAUUAAUAAAUAAACUGAGAUCACAGAUAGAAAAACAUUUUGAGAAACUUGAAGAGAAUAAAAAUGAAGCGGCUCAAGAAAAAUUGCUGCUUCUUAAAAUGAGAACUGAAAUAUAUAGAGAAAAAGAGACCCUGGAAAAAAGACGUUAUGAGCUCAUCAAUGAGCGACAUGAGUUAGAAAUGAUCAAGGUUGAUAAGACAACACAAACAAGUGUUGAUCCAAAAGAAGCCAUGGAGCAGAUAGAAAGGAAGCAGGAGAUAACAGACAGUCUGCUCAGCCUCAUCAACACAAAUAACAAAGUAAUGCUUGAAACAAAGCAGGAAAAAGAACAUAUGGAGAAAAUCAUUACAGACAUAAAGCAAGAGUUGAUUAUUAUUACAAAUAAUAAUUCCCACCAUAGAGAUCAACUUGAGCACAUCAAACAUAAUAUACAUUUAAAAAUGAACACGAUGAAGAGAAGGUGGGCAGACAUUGAAAGAGCUGAGAGAGUUGAGCUGCAGGAAGCCACAGUCCCAGAGAUGAGAGGCAGAGAAAGGCAGAAAGAAGGAAGACACACCUUUGGCAUUGUGAAGAUUCACCUCUGCACAUUCCAGAAGGAGAUGAAGAAGCUUUGGGAUGAGCUGGAGGUGACUUUGACAGAGGAGCAGGAGCUGAAGACAGAGAGCAGUCAAAUGGCAAACAUUACAUGUGACUCUCAAAAGCAAAGAGAAGACACAGAUGUAAACAUUCAAAUAAAACAGUGGCAAACAGACAUGGAAGCUGAUAUGCAAAGGCAACAACAAAACAAAGAGGAAAAGUUGGCAUGGGCCAAAUGUGAAAAGGAUGAUAUUGAUCAAAUCAAGACUAACAUACAAACUGAGAGAGAGGACAUUGAGAGAGAGAGGCAGAUAGCUAGAGCCGAAAUGAUUGCAUUGACGUGUGUGAGGGAGAGUACUGAAAGGCAAAUGCAGGAGCUGGAUGACAAGUUACAAAGGACAAAGAAAGAAAUAAGAGAGAAGGAAGAGUUGAACACUGAGAUUGAAAUAAAGAAAAAGGAGCUAGUAAAAAUGAUAAGAAUGAGCAAGAGAAAAAAGAAAGAGUUCAGCAGCAUGAUGGAAGAGGCUGAGCCUGUUAAACAAGACAUGCAGGAAGGACAAGAUAAGACUAAGGAGCAGGUGAACGUGGAGGACACAUCUGAUGAGCAGAAGAAACAACUUCCUCUGGCUGACAGAACCAUAGACAUAACACAGGAAGUGAACACUGACAUGAAGAGAGUGAUUCUUGAAGGAGAAGAAACCAGAAAGAUGCUGUGUGGGGUGAGAGAAGAUACAGAGCGAAGCAGGACAGACUUUACAGAAGAGAGGAAAAUCCAAUGGAUGAAUUUUCAAUUAAAAAAAAAACAAAGACAGCUUGACCAACAGCUGGAGAAGACAAAUAAAGAAAGAGAUGAGCUGGAUGUCACGAAGAUAAAGAUACAGAAACUCAGGGAAGAGGUUGAACAAAAACUAAAAGAUACAAUAACUGCAUUUCUGAAUAUGGAUGAAAUAAAAGCUAGCAUUGAAAAAGCUACUACAGAGAUGAAGAAAACCAGGGAGGAGAUGCUCAAAGUCCAAAGGGAGAUGGAUCAGAACAAGGAACACAUCAACAAGUUUAGGGAUAUGAUGACUUCCAUGAAAGUUCAGGUGAGCAAAUCUACCAAAGACGCCUUUUCAGGCAAAAACACAGCCUCUAUCAAGGAUCAAACUUUUGAAAUUCCAUCGGACAGAGACGGCAUAGAAGAUGCAAUUACAAAAGAAACGAUAUCUUUGCAACAAUCUAAAACAUUAGCAGACCGGCAUCUAAUUGAGGAUAUAAAGAAGCAGGAGCACAAUGUUUUCUUGCAGAUGCAGACAGAACUUCAAGAAAAAACAAUAAUGGAUGAAGAAAAGACAAAACUUGCGAUACGUGUAGGAAACGAAAGGGAAGUGAAGAACCAGAUGUGCAAACUCAAGAAAAGAGAGGAGGAAAUAAGGGAGCAAAUAAAGUUUGCUAUGGAAAACAUGGAGGAAGAAAGUCAAGAGAUUAAAAAGCUUAUUAUAUAUAUAAAUGACCUGCAGAGCCAGAAACCAGAGACUGAAAAUUGGUUACGAAUUACAGGCAGGGAAAGCACCACAGAUGAGAUCGUCAAAUUUGAAGUAAAAGUUCAAAAACAGGAGAACGGCAAAGGGGUGAAAAAAGAAGUUGUUAAUAAUGUUCAUGAGCAAAAACAAAGUCAGGAUUCAACACAAUAUAUGCAGACCAAUACUGAUAAGAUAAAGGAAGGGUUUGCUACAAAGGACACAGGAAGUGAUGAUAUUCAAAGACUUAGGGCAGAGAUUUAUAAAACACAAAAAAACAUUAGACUAGUUAACCUAGAUCUUGACAACCAAGCUGAAGAAAGCCAUAUCAACCAAGAUCAUAAGGAUAAAGACGGCACAAUUGAAGGAUUGCUACAAGAACUGAAAAGAUUCCAAGAGCUUUUAAAAAUGGUACAAACAGCAAUAAGGCAAAGAGAAAUGUAUCUGAAAGAAGAAAUCAGCAACAUGAAAUCGAGGAAAACUACAGCAAAAAUACAGGAAAGAAAACUGGAUCAGAGGUUAGAGAAAAUAAUGAGAGACAGAGAUGAAUUUGAAGUUUUAAAAAUAAAAACACAGAAACAAACUGAAGUUAGAAGAAAACUAGCUAAAGUUAAGGGCACCAUAGAGAAAGUCACAGCUAGGACUAGACAUACAAGUCAGGCCAUAGAUAUUGUUAGGAAGGAGACCCAAGUAAAACUGAAAAAGUUGGAAGACCUGAGCUGUAAAAUUGAGACUACCAAAAAAGAACUGGAAAAAAGACAUGCUUUCAUAUCCAAAGAAAUAACUGACCUUUUGAAAUUCAACACUGAACUCAGGCAGAAAGAGGACAGAGAAUUUUCCUUGGAAAGUAUUGAGACACUGAAGGGAGACAAAAAAAAACAUGACACACAAAUGGACAACAUGCCAGAGAAAAGAAUGGGUAAGAAUAUUGAGGAAAUGGAAAAUGCCAUCACUCGACUUAUAUCAGAACAGGAGAAACGUGAGAAAGAAAUGAAACUGACACUGGAUCAGAAAAACUGUGAAAUUGAAAAACUGAAAGAGUCUGUAACUGAACAAGUGAAACUAGAGACUGAAAGUAAAGAGAUUGAGAUCCUCAAACAACAGAUUCAAGUUGAGAGGGAGAGUGUGAUAAUAGAAAGAGAGCAAGCUGAGGCAGAAGCAUAUGAAAUUAACUGUUUAAGGGAGAGUAUAAAAAGAGAGAAACAGGAGCUUGUUGACAGAACGCAAACUACCAAAAGAGAAAUAAGAGAAAUGGAGAUUCUGAGGUCAGAGCUGGAAAUUAAGAAAAAAGAAAGUGACCAGAUAUUUAGAAGAAAUAUGCAGACAAAGUGGAAUGUCAUACAAAGAGAAAAGGGAGAAUUGAGAAGAGAGACCCAAAAGAUGAGAAGAGAAUUAGACCAAAGACUGGAAGAAAUCAAGAGAGAGAGGGAUGAGUCAGAAAUAUUCUGGAUAAAACUGCAACGGCAGAAGGAUGAGAUGGCUGAGGAAAAGCAGAGAGUAAAAGAACAAACUACUGAUAAAGGAAAAGCAGAGAUGGAUGAAAUGGUCAGCAUGAAAGACAGUAUCCAAAAACAAAAACAGGGGCUUGAAAUCCGACUAGAAGAAGUUAAGAGAGAAAAAAGGGAGGUUGAAGUGUUGAAGUAUGAGUUGGAGAACAAAAUAACUGAAAAUCAACAGAUGAUUCGACGAAGCAUUAAAAAAGAGCAGGAUGUAAAAAAUAUGUUGGCUCAGCUCGAAGAAGAAAAACAUGCUUUCAAGAGGGAGGUACAGAAGAGGAGAAAAGACCUUGACCAGCGAUUGGAGAGAAUACACAGAAAGAGGGAUGAACUGGAGAUCAUGAAACUGAAGCUGCUGAGAGAAAGCGAACAGAGCAAAGGUGGAGCUAUAGUCUCCAGCAUGGCCACAGCCACAAAAGUUCAAAAUUCAAUUCCAAAGCACUGGGAGCUAAUUCAGAAAAGUAUUGAGAAAAAACUGAUUGAAGAAUGGAAUGGAGAAGUGACAGAUGAAAAACAGCACAUAGUGGACCAGGCGAAAAACAUAACCCAGAGAAGAGAAGACGUAGGAAAUAUCAAGAUUGGGAUUAAAAGACAGAAAAAAAGAAUAUGUGCUUUAAAGAGCAUGAAAAAAAAGCAAAGACAUUUGGAGCAGGAGGAGGUGAGUAUCAUAAAAGAGAGAAAGGAAGAGCUAGGGAAAGAGGAUCUCAGAACUGAGGCAUUGAUGGUCAAAGAUGAAGGCCAGAGAGAGAAAAAAAAAAAAAGAGAAAUGAAAAGGCCGAAUAAUGAUGUUGGAAAUCAGAAAAGACAAAAAAUCCCGAAAACUUCAAAUCUUCAAAAGGAACAAAUUGAGCCGGAAAAUAAAAAAGAACCGGAAUUGGAUGAAGAGGGGAAAAAUGGUGCAAAUGAAAUCGAGCUUCUAAAAAAACAAGGACUGAUAAGAAAUUCAAAUAUGGAGAGUGAAAAUGUGACAAAGCAGAGUAAUCUAAACCUUGUUGAAAAACAUUUGGAUUUAAAAAAACUAGAUGAAGAGCUGAAGAAAGAAAGAGAGGACCUGGAUAGAGAGAGUGAGGUGAUGAACAAAGAGAAACUGGACUUUGAUGUGAUCAGGUCGGACAUCCUGAAACACAGGGACAUGUUGGAACAACAGAGACAAGAUAUAAGAGAAGAAACAGAGAAAUUGGAAAUCACAAAGACUGAUCUUCAAGUGUUGAAAGAACAUGAACGAAUUCAGUUUGAUGAGAUAAACAAAGAGAAAGCCAACAUUAAAGAUCUGACCCUUCAUCUUCACACAGAAAAAAACAAACUUCAGAAUAUCAUGAGCAUGACUGUUUUAAAACAAGAAGAACAAAAACUCAAGGAGGACCAGUUCAGCAGACAAACACAAGAACUGGAUACCAGAAAGAGCAGUCUGCUGGAAGAAAGAGAAGAACUGGAUCUUUUGAGGAAGGAUCUCAACAAGAAGAAGGAAGAGGUUGAAACAGCCAUGAACACCAUCAGUUCAGAGAGAGAUAUACUCAAUCAGAUGCAGAGUACUACUGACAUGGAAAUAGCAAUGCUCAACAAUGAAAAGGACAGAAUGGAAAGAGGAACGUCGGACCUGAAAACAAGAGAAGAUCUACUAUUGAAUAUGAGGAAAUCAAUGGAAAUUCUGAGGGAAAAACUUCACCAGCUGAGUGAAAGGAUGAGUGAAGAAAUUCAAAUCAAAAUGAUCAGACUGGAACAAAACAAUGAAGACAUAUUGAAACUGUUGAGUGUUUUGGAGCAAAAGCAUGAUGUUCUGGAUAAACAGAAAGAACAUAUGUCAAGUUACACUGAGAUGUUAGAGAGGGAAAGAGAAAGGUUGAAGAUCAUGUUGUUAGAAAGUGUCACUCAAAGACAGGAAAUGGGAAAUCAACUGAAACAAGAGGCCUUGUUGGAAAGGACAAAUCUUCUGGAACUGAAGGCAGAGUUGAAGAAAGAAAGAGAGGACCUGGAUAGAGAGAGUGAGGUGAUGAACAAAGAGAAACUGGACUUUAUGUGAUCAGGUCGGACAUCCUGAAACACAGGGACAUGUUGGAACAACAGAGACAAGAUAUAAGAGAAGAAACAGAGAAAUUGGAAAUCACAAAGACUGAUCUUCAAGUGUUGAAAGAACAUGAACGAAUUCAGUUUGAUGAAAUAAACAAAGAGAAAGCCAACAUUAAAGAUCUGACCCUUCAUCUUCACACAGAAAAAAACAAACUUCAGAAUAUCAUGAGCAUGACUGUUUUAAAACAAGAAGAACAAAAACUCAAGGAGGACCAGUUCAGCAGACAAACACAAGAACUGGAUACCAGAAAGAGCAGUCUGCUGGAAGAAAGAGAAGAACUGGAUCUUUUGAGGAAGGAUCUCAACAAGAAGAAGGAAGAGGUUGAAACAGCCAUGAACACCAUCAGUUCAGAGAGAGAUAUACUCAAUCAGAUGCAGAGUACUACUGACAUGAAAAUAGCAAUGCUCAAGAAUGAAAAGGACCGAAUGGAAAGAGGAACGUCGGACCUGAAAACAAGAGAAGAUCUACUAUUGAAUACGAGGAAAUCAAUGGAAAUUCUGACGGGAAAAACUUCACCAGCUGAGUGAAAGGAUGAGUGAAGAAAUUCAAAUCAAAAUGAUCAGACUGGAACAAAACAAUGAAGACAUAUUGAAACUGUUGAGUGUUUUGGAGCAAAAGCAUGAUGUUCUGGAUAAAC